UCUUUCGUUGACCCAAAAAGCCAACCAAGACCAGGCUCCAUGGAUGAGUGGGAUGCCCCCCAGUGGAAAAAGGAAAUUGAAAGCCUUAAGUAUCAGCUGGCUUUCAAGCGGGAGGCAUCGUCCAAAACAAUUCCCGAAUUCCUUAAAUGGAUAGAAGAUGGGAUCCCAGAAGAUCCAUUCCUGAAUCCAGAACGGAUGAAAAACAACCCCUGGGUGGAAAGAGGAAAAUGUACCAUCCUCUAGUCCGUGUCCUUAGCCCCGCAUCUUCCCCGACUGAUGAAAUGCUUUCCUUUGGAGACGCUCCGAAACUGCGUAAAAACUGAAGGCUCCAAAGUUAUUUGCUUACCGCUAUGGCUAAAUCCGCAUUCAUAGUCCUGUGUUAGUGCAGGGGCCUUAUCUAAGGACGAUGUUAAAGGCUUCCCAAACGUCUGGUAUCUGGGGCACCAUUUGGGUGUGGGUGGCUUAAAGGGAGAUCCAGCUUCAUGAGCACUGUAGGUGGGCCUUUCCCGACUGGCUCCGCUCUGAAAUUCUGACGGCGCAGGACGGGCAAGGUCUCCCAGACCCGGGCUGCGCGAUGGCUUGCAACGGGCUGUCCUGCAGAAAGCCGGAUUAUCCUUGCUGGGGGGAGCGGCCCUGGCCAUCUGCUAUGCAGUGGGGGAGAACAGCUGAUCCUCACCGGCACAGAGUGACAGAAACCUACAGUGCAGCAAUCUAGCAUUUUAGGACCUGCUAAUUUUAAACCUGUCAGUUCAUGAUUUGGGAACUGCUCAAUAGGAAAGGAUUCAUUUAUAUGGAAGAGACUUGCUAUUUUGAAUCACUGCAACCCAAAGACAGAAAUGAUCUGUAACCAGAA